AGACGCCAAACCCAAUACCGCCAUGAGAAGAUCAAAUCUAAUCCCUCUCUAUUUAUGUAUGUAUAUGCACACUGCUCCUCCGUCAACACUAAGCCACUCGUGAUCGAACCUGCUUUCCCGUCGUCGCCAGGAUCAUUUCUUCCCGUUCUGUGCAUUGCGAGGAGAAGGAGUUGGUCGGUUGCUGGGUAGGAAGAAGAAGAAGAAGAUGCAAGAGGCGUCGUCGUCUUCCUCUCUUCCGGCGUUGAGCAGCGCCUACCAGCCUCUCCCGUCGCUCUACCUCGGGUUCCUGGCGAUAUGGGCGGCGUCGGGGCUCUCAUGGGCCUUCAGCUCUUGGAGGAACCGUCACUUCCAGGCUAAUAACCUCCAGUGGAUCCUGGCCUUGGUCCCCUUGAUCAAGGCUCUGCAAAUGGCACUCUCAUUUCUCUUCUGGUACUCGUGUGUCAACCUUCAGACAUGCUCGCUGUGGAUGUCGUUCGGCGUGUAUGUGACGGGGAUCCUCUUCCAGACCGCCUCCUUCGUCUCCUUCAUGCUCAUCUCGCACGGCUACUGCAUCAUGUACGAGCGACUCUCAAUCAGGGAGAGACGCACAACUGCCGGUCUCGGGUGCCUACUCUACCUCAGCCUCAUCGGUUACAAAGCAGCAGUCCCUUACUUCACAGGUUUUCUUCUGAUCAACUACUUCGCGUCGUUUUACAUCAUAUUCCGCCGGACGUCGCAAUGCCUGCUGGUUCUGCGUGAGCAGCUGAAUUUUGUAGAGGAGGAAGACAUCCAUUCACUCCAUGGGACACUGAGCACAAAGUACACAAUGUUCAAGAGAUUUCAGGGUGCAAUGCAGGUGGCAGCAGUGGCAUUCAUCAUGGUGUACAUGAGAGCUGAUGAUACGCCAGAUAACUACUGGUUCCGCGUGUUGGUCCGUGAGUGGGUUCAGUUCUGCAUCUUCAUGUACAUUGGGUGGAACUUCAGGAUCCCUGAAGCAUCACUCCAUCUGCCGGUCAUGCCCCUGAUGAAAUCAAACUGGGAGAUCGCUAUGCCCCCCAUUUACAGCGUGGAAAUGGAUGCAGCAGAUUUCAGAGGCCUCGUCUCAGAUCAAUGGCAUGUCGGAGUGAGGACUCCGUAUACCGACUCGUGCUGUUCUUCGCAACCGUUGCUGGUGCUAGUUCAGAAUCCAAGCCCGAAGGUUUCCCGUGCCACCACAGCCAGUCAGGCGCACCUUCAGGGUUAAGCUGAACCCACAAACAAGGUUCAUUUCUCACGGGAGACGCAGAAGAUGACAUCGAUCGACCAACUGCCUGUUCCGGAAACCGGCCGCAGAAGCAGUUGAGUUGCAACAGAGAAAUAUUGGAUGUCUCGGUGCAGUAGCUUCACCCUACUUUGGAAACUUGUUAGCACUAGGAAAGAGUCCGCGGUUCUCUGUACACUGAAAAACAGACACUUUUUUGCGCCACAGGGUUUCUUUUUCCUUAUUCAAA